AAAGACUUUGAUAAAUUCAAAAGAUGAGGAACAGAAUACCCAGUUCACAUCGAAACACUAAAAUGCUAAUUUCCAAUCACUUCACGAUAAGAUUGUGGUACGUAUGCGAGUCUCAUGGAACGGCAGAAGCAGUUUUCUACUAUUCCUUUGGGCGGAAUUAGUCAAAGCUGACAGAACAAUAUCAUCAUGUGAUGGAUCAACCACAGUAUUUUACCCCUUCCAAGGACUACUUGACAUGACUUGGCUCGGAAUCCAUUUUGUAGCGUGUCCACUGGGGCUCAAUUCUUAUAGGGUCGAAGCAGAAGAUUAUAAUGGAAACAUGGAAACGUUCUGGCCGAUGAGCAGAACAACCGCCAAAAUGGUGACGUGGGUGUCAGUAAAGUCGUUUGUAAUGGGAAGUCUCGUCACUGCAAUUAUUUUCCUCUCCCUUGGAAACUUAGGAAACAUGGAGGCAAAUGUCGAUCCUAAUCGUGGCCGCUUGCUCAACCGCUUUAUGCAAACCGCCACAACAAGCCCUACAGAGUUUGUCAAGAAUGCAGAUUAUGGUGAUGUUUUGAAUGGUCCAAAGGCAGUUACGAGAGUGGUGAACCAGGUGGACCAAGCAACGGACAAGGUGUUUGGGAGUGUUCCUCCCUUCAUUUUGGUAACAGGGGAGAGAUCGUCACCUUGUAUUAGUCCUCGGGGUAACAAUGUAAUGAUGAAGUCUUACAAAAAUAAAGUGGACUACUGUAAUCUGCACGGCUGCAAGGUCUGGUAUGCUUUAGAGGUAUGGCAGAAGGGAUUUGUUGGAACUUGGGUUAGAUAUCCGCUGCUUAUACAGCUCAUGAAAGCCAAUCCAUCUGUGACGUGGUUUAUGUGGAUGGAUUCAGAUGCUGUUUUAACAGAUUUCAAUUUUUCUAUUCCCUUUGAGACUUACAAUACCUGGAACAAGAAUCUCGUCGUCCCCGGCUUCUGGGAUAAGGUAUAUGGAGAGGAUCCAGACUGGAUAGGUUUGAACGCAGGGAUUUUUCUGAUUCGGAAUUGUGAAUGGUCUCACAAGUUUUUGGAGAAGUGGAUGGAAUUCGGUGCGCCUGAAAACUUAAUGGCUUCUAAAGAGGCUCUGAACAGAGUUGUAAAGAGUAGACCGAAAGAGUGGGAUCCCGAUGAUCAGAGCGCCUUAGUAUAUCUUCUCAAUCAGAACAAAACAAAAUCGGAGGAUAAUGUGUUCUUGGAAGCAAGUUACGUGUUACAUGGAUAUUUUGAAUAUAUUAUAGAUAGGUUUGGGGACUUUCUUGAGGGAAAAGAGAAGCAGCCUUUUAUCACUCAUUUCAAUGGUUGUAAUUUCUGUGGAAAGAAGAACAUUACAGAAAGAUGCAGUGAGGGUUUUGAGAGAGCUUUCAAUUUUGCAGACAACCAGUUGCUUAGCUCUGUAGGUCGCAAGCACUCUUCCCUGUCUACUUUGUUGGAAUCAAUAUCUCCCACGUAAACAGAAUCUGAUUUGGAAAUCAGAUGGGAUAAGAUUGUCAGGCUAUAUUUUGCCGACUAUGCUGGAGACCACCAUGUCCAUUACAAAAUCUGAUUGCUAUCAUUUAUUGCAGAUGUUAUUUCUGCCAGAAGAUAAUGAUAGAAGAUUAUCUGAUCUUUA